AUGGCCUCCCGCGACCCGCCCGACCUGCCGGACUUCGGGCUGCUGAAGCGCCUGGCGCGGGAUCAGCUGGUCUACCUGCUGGAGCAGCUGCCCGGCAAGAAGGACCUCUUCCUGGAGGCCGACCUGAUGAGCCCGCUGGACCGCAUCGCCAACGUCUCCAUCCUGAAGCAGCACGACGUGGACAAGCUCUACAAGCUGGAGAAGAAGCCGGCGCGCAGCUCCAACGACCAGUUGUGCUUCCUGCUCCGUCCGCGCCUCUCGAGCGUCAGGCUGGUGGCGGAGUUGGUCAACGCCGACAAAGCGGCCGGUCGGGCGCGCAAAUACAAGAUCAUCUUCAGCCCCCAGAAGUUCUACGCAUGUGAGCUGGUGUUGGAGGAGGAAGGGAUCUAUGGUGAUGUGACCUGGGAUGAGUGGUCCUUCUCCCUCCUCCCUCUGGAUAACGAUAUCAUCAGCAUGGAGCUGCCAGAGUUCUUCCGGGAUUAUUUUCUGGAAGCGGACCAGCGGUGGAUCAGCACAGUGGCCCAGGCUUUGCAGCUGAUGAACUCUCUCUUCGGCCCAUUCACCAAGACCUAUGGAAUUGGGCGGUGUGCCAAGAUGGUCCAUGAGCUUUGGCGUGAACUAGCUGAAGAGAGCGAGGCUGACAACAUGGGUCGGAAACCAGAGAUUGGCCACAUCUUCCUCAUAGACAGAGAUGUGGAUUACGUCACAGCCCUUUGCUCUCAGGUGGUCUAUGAAGGCCUGGUGGAUGACACCUUCCGCAUAAAAUGUGGAAGUGUGGAUUUUGGUCCAGAUGUUACCUCCUCUGACCAAAGCAUUAAAGUUCUGCUGAAUUCCCAGGACAAGGUGUUCAACGAAAUUCGCAACGAGCACUUCUCCAACGUGUUUGGUCUCCUCAGUCAGAAGGCCCGGAACCUGCAAGCCCAGUAUGACCGACGGCGGGGGAUGGAUAUCAAGCAAAUGAAGAGCUUUGUCUCUCAAGAACUGAAGGGCCUGAAACAAGAACAUCGCUUGCUGAGUCUCCAUAUUGGGGCCUGCGAGUCCAUCAUGAAGAAGAAAACCAGACAAGAUUUCCAGGAAUUGUUGAAGACGGAACAUGCCCUUCUGGAAGGGUUUGAUGUCCGGGAGAGCAUCAGCUUCAUCGAAGAGCACAUCGACCGGCAGGUUACCCCGAUUGAGAGUCUGAGGAUGUUGUGCCUGCUGUCGAUCACGGAGAAUGGACUUUCUCCCAAGGACUACCGCUCCCUGAAAACCCAGUACCUGCAGAGUUACGGACCAGAGCACCUGCUGACCUUCCACAACCUGAAGCACUUGGGGCUCUUGACGGAGCAAGUCUCCGGUGAGACUCUGACGGCUGUAGAGAACAAAGUCAGCAAGCUGGUGACGGAUAAAGCGGCAGAAAAGCUGUCAGAUGCCUUCAGUUCCCUGGCCAGGAAGAACAAUUUCCGAGCUAUAAGCAAGAAACUGGGCCUGAUCCCAUGUGGGGAUGGAGAAUACGACCUGAAAGUGCCCCGGGACAUGGCCUACGUGUUCAGUGGCGCCUAUGUGCCCCUCAGUUGCAAGAUAAUGGAGCAGGUGCUGGAGCGCAGGAGCUGGCUGGGCCUGGAAGAGGUGGCGAGGCUGCUUGGGGGCCAUGAGUUUGUCACAGGUGCGGAAGAGCCUCGGCUUCCAGGCCCCCAGCAAGUCGUCCUGGCAGUCUUCUUAGGAGGCUGCACCUUGUCUGAAGUUGCCGCUCUCCGCUUCCUUGGCAAAGAAAGAGGGCUCCGGUUCAUAAUCUUGACGACGGCCAUCACCAACAGUGCUCGCCUGCUGGAAUCCACCAUGGAGAUGAGGAUGUGACUGCAUCAAGGGCAACCCAGAGGAACUUUCCUUGGGAGAGGAAGUGUCUAGCAAGGCAACGAAAUGUGCAGCAGUGAAAAGAAAUUAGAAUGGCUUCAGUGAAAGGAAGAAAGCCCAGAAUUUCAGACAGCUCUUUUCUCCUCGCCCAGGAAAAGUGGAUGAAGAAAAACCCUCUUUAGACUGGAAAAACCCUACACGGCCCAGUCCCCCCAUAUUUUCAGCCUUCAGCUAUCCUUUUCUUCUGCAACAAAUGGGUCCGUGUAUAAUGUGCAUAAACAUCUUCCCAGAAACCACAGGAAUAGAACAAAAUAAAACAU